AUGGCACCCAAAAAGGAGAAAGGCGGGACUGCCAACGCCGGCCCCAAGCUCUGGGAACCGUCUCUCAUCGCUGCACAGUUCAACCAGGUCGAUUGGAAGGGCUCUGUCGCGUUUGUGCUUGGAGACCAGGUGGAAGAUGAUCUUCUCAUCAGCGCCCUCCUCCAGGCUGUUGAGCUUCCCCAACGGAGACUCUUCAGCGUGGUGUCCUGGCAAGAACUUCUCCAGCAGAUCAGUGAAGCACAGCCACUUCCUGGGGCCACGGGAAGAGCAAAGGGGAAGAAACCUGUUCUCAAUGGACCUUUAUAUUAUGAGGUGUUAAUGGCAGCGAAAGCAAUCCUGGAGAAUGGCGAGAAAUUGACCUUACCGCUGAUAGGAAAACUCUUGAAAUUCCAGCUUCUCCACAUUAAAUCCAAGGACCAGCAGCGACGGGAAAAUGAGAAGAAGGUGACAGAUGACCGGUUUAAGGUAGAGAAAGAUAAAGGGAAAGCAAAAUCUCCCAAGGAGAAGAAGGCCUCAAACACCAGUAGCAAGUUGGGCAAAGGAAAGGGCAAGGAACUGCCUGAGGCAAACUUCACAGUGAAAAAGAACACCCAGCUAAAGCGGAGGGGAGAAGAGGAUGAAGGCAAGGCUUACAUUGAUGAUGAGCCAGAUGAUGGUGCUCAACAUUACAUUAUAGUUGUGGGCUUCAAGAAUCCUCAGCUAUUAGCGAUCAUGACGGAGCUUGGCAUUCCUAUAAGCAGUGUGAUUAAAAUAUCUUCAGAGAAUUACGAACCUCUGCGGACACACCUGGCAGCAGUUAGCCAGCAGCAGGAAGCUCUCACUCACCCAAAAGAUGUAGAAGCUGAAAACUUGAAGAAAAUUAGUGCCAAAAAAGAACUUGAAAAUUUCUGGAAGUACUUGGAACCUAUCUUGAAUAAUGAGAAGCCUGAAACAAAUCUCUUUGAUGUGGCUCAGCUUCACUACAUGGUCAAGGAAGAAGACUUUCCUUCUGACUGGUCAAACAGUGAAAUGAUGUUGGAGUUGGGCACCAUUAUUUUUGAAAACGUUGCCUGUUUGAUGUAUGACUGCCUGGAUUGGAAAAGGCAGCACCAGCACUAUUUGGAAAGCAUGAAACUUAUUUAUGUCCCACAAGUGUUCCACGAGAGACCAGUGUUAGAAGCCAUGUUCAUCCCUGAGGUACGCAUGUGCCCAAGUGUCCCUAUCCCUGCAAAGAAGAAGCCACAAAUUGAAGAUCAAGUUCCACCAUCAGUGUCUUUUGUGGGCGCCACCUCUGAAGUAGACAUGAGAUAUUACAAUGAUUUGUUGAACAUGAUUCCGGAGGAAUUUAUUUCUGUGCCCCUAAUCCUCCACUGUAUGCUGGAACAGAUUGUGGCGACUGAAGAAAAUACUCUCCCACCUAGUCUGGCCCCGCCACCCUCCAGGGCAGAUGGAUUGGACCAAAGAAUCGCAUCCCACAUUGUGUCCAUUCUGCCCGCUCUUUGCCUCACUGAGAAGCAGAGAAAGAACCUUCACAAAAUAUUCUUAUGUGAAGAAGAGGAAAGCAAAGCUGUGCACACAGGUCCCCUCCUACUGAACUAUCACGAUGUUCAUGCCCAUAAGAAGUACAUCUUGAAGGACAAAAAGAUUUUUGACCCAAUUCAAAUUGAGGAGGAGAUGCAGUCCAAGUUGCCACUGUGGGAAUUCCUCAAUUUUCCACUGCCCCGUCCAGGGAACAGCACUAAACGUCUCGCUACAAUUCAUGAGCUCAUGCACUUUUGUACAAAUGAAGUCUUGAGUUGGAAUGAAGUAGAACGAGCCUUCAAAGUGUUUACUUUUGAGAGCCUAAAACUCUCUGAGGUUGAUGAAGAAGGGAUCUUAAAGCCUGCUAAAAUGAUUUUUGGUACCAAUUCUGAGAUGUUUGACAUACCAUGGGACAAUCCGGCUAAAUUUGCCAGACAUAUAAGGCAAAAAUACACUGCAAAAAUGAAAGCCCACGAGUCGAAGCAGCAAACAGAUACUGAAUCCCAAGACCGAAUACUAUUUAUGAAUCAGAAUUUGCCUGAGCCUGAGCUGGAAGUGAAGAAUAGCAAAGAAUCAUCAGGUUAUUAUCCCACUGAUGCCUACCAUAGGAAGCAUUCUAGCCUGAGUAAUACAAAACACUUAAACUCUGAGUAUAGAGGAACGUCAGAUCACUGGACAAGCUUGAACAGUCUGUUCCAAUCUGAGUCUUUAGACCAGAAUGAGUUCAAAGAUGAAACCGUCACAAAGGCUGAUCCUCUUGAAAAGAAACCCAAGAAAAUGACUGUGCAAGCAGUUUUAGAGGAUAUAAAGAAAACGCAGCAACGUAAUCUAGCCGACUGGAGUUUCACUGAACACUUUAAACCCAAAGUGCUGCUUCAGGUUCUUCAAGAAGCUAAUCAGCAAUAUAAGUGUAUUGAUUCAUAUUACCAUACCCAAGACAACUCUUUACUAUUAGUCUUUCAUAAUCCAAUGAAUAUGAAGCGUAUGCAUUGUGAAAAAUGGAAAGCUGCUCUUCAUUCCAAUGUUGGAUUCAGGAAUUAUUUGGAACUUGUUGCAGAAUCUAUUCAAGACUGGAUCACAAAAGAAGAAGCAAAAUAUCAAGAAAUUAAAAUGACUGAAGAGAUCAGUAAGAACAAAUCCGGUCAGGAAAUGAAAAUGUUCAGUGCCAGAACUUCUACUAGCAAACUUUACUCUGUUAAAAAAUCUAAAAGUAAAGGAAUGAGCAAAACAGAGCUUUCAGAACAAGAAAAAGAAAAAGAAAAAGAGAAGGAUAAGAUUUCUUUCGUUUUAGAAGGUUCUCUCAAGGCAUGGAAAGAAGAACAAGAACGAUUAGCAGAAGAGGAACGUUUAAGGGAAGAAAAAAAAGCAGAAAAGAAGAAGGAAGUUGGUAAGAAGAAAGGCAAAGAAAAGUUAGACAAAGAAGAGACCAAGGUCCUGAGGAAAAAAUCUUUUAUCAAAGAAAAAAGUAGAGAUGAGCCAAUAAAGAUCCCAGAAUAUGAAGAACUGCCUGAUAUCCCACAAGCCGAGGUCACUUUCCCGUUUCAUGGUUACAAUAUGGGAGAUACACCCAUCCAAAUCUCCGGGACAAAAUAUUAUCUAUAUCCUUCAGAUGGAGGACAGAUUGAAGUAGAAAAGACAACAUUUGUAAAAGGUUCAACCUUUGUCAAAGUUAAGGUGAACAAGGACAAGCACAGUUUUGUAGUUCAUUUAAAAGACCCUAAGGAAAUUGUGAAAGAGGAAAAACAAGAUUAUGAUGAUAUUUUAGAUGAAGAGAAAGAAGAACAAAGUCUUGAAGUGGAAGAAUUUGAUGCAAAAAAUAAAAUUGUCAGCAAGUUUGGAUCUUUUUCUGCCACCUUGGAAAAUGGAAUCUGCCUCUCAAUAAGUUACUAUGGAUCAAGUGGACUAGCUCCAGAUGUUAAAGACCCUAACUUGGAAACAAUGCUGGAUAUCCCAUCAGCACUUACACCAACCGUCAUUCCUGUCGUAGUCGUCCCCCAAGUCAAAGGAAAAGGGAAAAAGGGCAAAGAGAAACCCAAAGAUUCUCUUAAAGAAGAGGAGUCACCAAAAGAAGAGGAGAAAAAGGAAGAAACAGAACCAGAAAUUGUUAUUGAAGACAUUCCCUUUGCUCCCACUUUCCAAAACCUUAAUGUAUCUUGCCCCAAUGGACUCCUGGUUACCUUCCUGGGGCAAGAGUACUCAGAUCAAUUUAUUAUGGAUGAGGACCCUGUUUGUGACAUCAUGGUUCGACAGAGCUACCCCCAGAAAGUGAAGCACUCCGAGUUCUACAAGGAGAGGCCACUGGUGGAGCAGGAGGUGUCGAGAGUCAUCACCAGUCAAGGCACUGUCAUCAAAUACAUGUUGGACGGGUCCACAGAGAUUCUCUUUGCAAACGGUGCUGUGAGCAGUAGUCCUGACCCAGGACCCAUUUGUCCCCCUCCUGAGGCGACAGCAAGCCUUCACAACAGUGUUGACAUGAUGGAUAACGUCUCUCAGCAGAAAUCAGAAAUUGCACCUUUUGAUCCUGUUCCGAAGAAAGGAAAAAGUCAUAAAAACCAGUCACUAUUGUUACAUAAGAGUGACAUUCAGGAACAUCCGCCAGAAAUAUAUCAAACAAUAGCACCUCUGGAGCUUCAUGUAGGCACCUGGUAUACAACCACACCUGGAGGAAAUCGGAUUGCCACCAAAGGAUUAGAAAGAUUGUCAGAUUUGACCCCAUACUUAUCCUUUCAGGCCACCGACCCUACCAAUGGAAUGGUUAUGACAACUCGAGAAGAUAAAGUGAUCAUUGUUGAAAAAAAAGAUGGUACUCGCAUAGUGGAUCAUGCUGAUGGCACCAGAAUUACAACCUUUUAUCAAGUUUAUGAAGAGCAGAUUGUUUCCUUAGAUGGCCAAGAAACAACACAGCGGGUAGGGCCUUUGCCUUGCACACGGCCGGCCCAAGUUCGAUGCAUGAAGAUAGAAAAUGAACAUUAUGCCACUAUCAUCACCAACUGUGAGGAUAGCAGCUGCUGUGCCACUUUUGGAGAUGGGACAUCUGUGAUUGCAAAACCUCAGGGAACAUACCAGGUGUUACCUCCAAACACAGGCUGUCUUCUUAUUGAUAAAGAUUGUUCAGCUAUAUAUUCCCAUGAAUCAAACAGUGAUAUAUACCAUGCUGUCCCCAAAACUGAUGAACUGAGAUCUAGCAGAUACAUUAUGAAACAUACAUCACAAGUUAUCUGUCAGGUACUGGAUCCUGAGGGAAACACAUUUCAGGUCAUGGCUGAUGGUAGCACAUUUACUACAUCACCUGAAAAUAAUAUGGAAAAUGACUUAAAUGUAAACUUCGAGGGCUAUGAUAGUUUAUCUGCUGCUAACCUUCAUAAGAAUCACCUGCAAGUCUAUGGCGAACACGUCCCCAGAUUUUUUGUCAUCUAUGCUGAUGGCUCAGGGAUAGAGCUUCUUCGAGACAGUGACAUAGAAGAAUUCCUGUCAGUGGCUUAUGGAGAGUCAACGUCUGUAGUUCUACAAGAGCCAGUUCAGGAGCAGCCAGGUACCUUGAGCAUCACUGUCCUCCGUCCUUUUCAUGAAGCAUCACAGUGGCUAAUGAAGAAAGAGCUAGAUACGAUUGUUCCUCCUAAUCUCCGAUCAAGAUCAUGGGACACAUUUCCUUCCGUUGAGAAAAAAACUCCAGGACCUCCUUUUGGCACUCACAUUUGGAAGGGUCUUAAUAUUGGGGCCAAGAAACUCAUGAGCACCCCUGCUCCAGUCCUCAAGAGCCCCGAGGUGCUGCAGAUACGGAAGUUCAUCCAGCAUGAGGUCAUAAAGGAUGAUAUGAAAAUGAAGCUACAGAUUUCCCUGAAGGAUUACAUAAACCAUAUCCUAAAGAAAGAAGAUGAGCUACAGGAAAUGACAGUUAAGGAUUUCAGAACUGACGAGGAAAGAGGCACUGCUGCAGAUCUCCUUAAGCUAGUUAUGUCUUUCCCCAAAACGGAAGAAACUACAAAAAGUCAUGUUACUGAAGUUGCAGCCCACCUGUCCGACUUAUUCAUGAAAUCUUUGGCUGCUAGUCCAGUGGACACAGAUGGUAAAUGUGAAAUGGAAAGAAAAUUGAGGUACUUAAUAUCAGAAAAGAAAUGGCAAGAAAAGAUCAAUAAAACUAGGAAGCAAAUUGAGAAAACAAAACAAUAUGUCAUGGAUAUUAGAAACAAAAUGACAUCACCCUACUUUACUUCUGAAGUUCAGUCCCAGUUUAAUUAUCUGGACACUCUUUCCAAAAAUUUGCCUUCUUUCGCAAAGACAGAAGAAGGAACAAAAACGUCAUUUGCUCAAGAUGUACCGGAUAUAUAUCCAGGUCAUAGUGUACAUAAAUAUCCAAAAAGCGGAUCACCAAAUAUUCCUGCUUUUCGGAAAUCGGUGAGUUUUAUGGAUGUCAAGGAGACCACGAUCGAGGACCAAUUUGACAAUGUUUCGAUAUCAGCUGAAGCAGAAUCAGACUCUUUAGAGCCUGUGAAGAUCCCAACCCAGUCACUGCUGGCAGAUGUCACGGGACAAGCCAGGAAAGAGAGAGUGAAGCUGCCUCAUUAUCUGGAGAGUUCCAAGCCCAAGUCUCAACCUCUUGCAAAGGUAGAAGAUUCUAUUGGAGGAAGAAUAAAAACAUCCUCUGUUGCCUUGGCCACUGCCAAUAACACAAACGCUCCCAUGUUUGGGUUCCAUCUUCUCCCAUCAUCAGUGAGGCUGGGGGAGAUCGAAGAAGGAUACACUUAUGUGACUAUUGUCAAGCUCAAGAAUGUUGGCGUAGACUUCUGCAGGUUUAAGGUGAAACAGCCCCCACCCAGCACUGGAUUGAAAGUGACUUACAAACCUGGCCCUGUGGCAGCUGGCUUGCAGACAGAACUGAAGGUGGAAUUAUUUGCCAUGGCUAUUGGAGAGGAAGUUAUCGAUGGAGCCUUACACCUAUCUUACAAUAUUGAGAUCACGACAGAGCAUAAUGUCUUGCUUUUGCCAGUGGAAGCCACAAUUUUACCAAGCAGCAACUAUGCUAGGCGAGCGACCAGGAGUUUUCCCCAGGGAAGACACAAACCCGUGACCACAAGGACUACUAAAGUUGCUCCUCCCUCACUUGGAGUCUUCAUGUCUCGUAGAAUUUCUAAUUAG